AUGUUCCGCGGGCAGCGUGCUUGGUUCUCGCAGAGCGUCAGCCCGGGCCCGCGGGGGCUGUGGGCAGACGGCGGAGGGACGCUCGCCCACUGGCUGGAUGCCGAGUACCUCUUCAGCAGCGAUGCUGCCCACCCCGACACCCGCAGCAUACACGAGAGUCUCAGUUACCUGGAGGGCAGAGCCACAGUCUUUCACUCCUCCUACCUCUCAGUGUGUGCGAGCACCGGAGCUGGAGAGAGGCCCUCGGUGGUUCUGGGCCACUUCGUCCUGCCCCCUGCCUGCCUGCAUGAAGAAAUCAGAAGGAAAAUUGGCCGGUUUAUCUGGGAGAAGGCAGAUGCCCUUGAAGAAGAGCCCAACGAAAAUCCGACAGAGGAACCAGAAGCAGCAAGAAAUGACUGUGAGGAAGAAUCAGAGGAGGAAGUGCUAGACCUGGCUGAGAGCAGUGAAGAAACAGACUCUGAAGCACCUGCCCAGGGAGAAUUUCCAUACCGUGCCCUCCAGGAAUACCCAAUAAAUAACAUGGUGACAGGCUAUGCCUCUGCACGGGACAUGAAGAAAUAUGAGGGGGAACUCCACGAUUUUAUCCCUGGCACCUCGGGCUAUGCAGCAUACUGGGUUCAAAGCAAGUGCAGCAUUUACUGUGAGAAGACCAAAAUGAAGAGGAAAUGGUAAGGAACAGGUGGCUGCAGCAGCAAAAACUUCAAUGUAAGAGCUGCCAAGUGAUUUAUAAAUUAUCCAGCUACAGCUCAGAGCGUUCAAUGUGUUAUUUAAGUACUGGCUACAGUUACAGCAGUAUUUGCUUCUUUAAGUAACUACUAAAACUAAAUUUCAUAACAAACAUAAAUACAGACAUUUUUCCCCAAA